CGCGAUUGGCCGCUCUCCCUCGAUCGUCCUCGGCUGCGUGCAUGCGUGCGUGCGUGCUCGCUCGCUCGCUCGCUCGUUUGUUCGCGCGCUCCUCCUGACGUGUCGUCGCUGCAACCGCGCGAACCCCUGUCCGAGCUUUCAGAGCGAAUCGCGAGCGAGCGGGCAUCGCAAUUUUUUCGCACGGCACAUCAAUCACCACGACGAUGGCAGCAGCCCACUGGAUCCGCACAGCAAUCUCCCCGAAACUCACCGGUGUGCGACUUUAUAGCAAUAAGGCACACAAAUGCACCCUCAUCCCCGGCGACGGCAUCGGACCCGAGAUCUCCGCUGCCGUGCAGAAGAUCUUCGAUGCCGCCAAGGUGCCGAUAGAAUGGGAGUCCGUUGAUGUGACGCCAGUAAAGGGUCCGGAUGGCAAGUUCGGUAUACCACAGGCGGCUAUCGACUCCGUCAAUAGGAAUAAAAUCGGCCUGAAAGGCCCUCUGAUGACUCCCAUAGGAAAAGGACACAGAUCCCUGAAUCUUGCGCUCAGGAAGGAGUUCAAUUUGUACGCCAACGUGCGGCCCUGUCGGUCGUUAGAGGGAUACAAGACGUUGUACGACAACGUGGACGUCGUCACUAUCCGAGAGAACACGGAGGGCGAGUACUCGGGUAUAGAGCACGAGAUUGUGGAAGGCGUAGUACAGUCUAUUAAAUUAAUCACGGAAGAGGCUUCCCGUAGAGUAGCGGAAUUUGCUUUUCAGUAUGCCAGAGACAAUAAUAGGAAAAAGGUAACCGCUGUACAUAAAGCAAAUAUCAUGAGAAUGUCGGACGGCCUGUUUCUGAGAUGUUGCCGGGAAGCCGCACAGAAGUUCCCCAUGGUUAAAUUCGAGGAGAAAUAUUUGGACACGGUUUGCCUAAAUAUGGUGCAGGACCCCAGCCAGUAUGACGUGCUCGUAAUGCCUAACCUGUACGGUGAUAUUCUUUCGGACCUGUGCGCCGGACUGGUUGGAGGACUCGGUCUUACACCUAGUGGAAACAUUGGAUUAAACGGAGCACUCUUCGAGUCGGUACAUGGUACGGCUCCAGAUAUCGCCGGGCAGGAUAAGGCAAAUCCGACGGCGUUAUUGCUAUCGGCGGUGAUGAUGCUCAAACAUAUGGGCCUGACCAAUGAAGCGAAGAUCAUCGAAAAUGCCGCCUAUGACACCAUCAAGGAAGCGAAGCAUUUGACUGGCGAUUUAGGUGGUACCGCGAAGUGCAGCGAGUACACCGACGAGAUCUGCAAGAAGGUCGCUGCACAGACGAAAUAGAUAGGCGUGCCGUUGAUCUGAGACUUGAACUGCCAAAUACUCGUAGAACGUCGCGCCCGUGAUGGAGGGGCCGCUCUAUUUUCUACCAUCAUUGUACUGUGCACAAUCGCAUUAAUGUGCGUUUCUGCCUGCAGUCGGGCUCGCGAUAGGUCACGUACUUGAGUAUUCCGACAUACCGUUUGUCCACGUGUACACACAUGUAGAGAUCAAUGCAACGAUUCUUCUCCCUUGAAUAUGUAUGUAUGUCCGCAGUUCGGUCUACGGACGCUCGUUGCAGGCGAUUUAAAAUCGUAGAAAGAUUCGGGACUGGAUUUUCACGUGUCCGUAAAAUUUUUCGGAGAACCGGAAUUACAGGUAUAGAUGUAUUUUCGCAGUCCUUCGAAAAUGAUCACGCAUCGUAAGCAGAUUCAGAUAUAAUUCUUGGUUUUAGUGAUGAGAGAUCUGUUAUGUUUUCGCGAAAAAAAAUAAACAUAUACGUAUGUAUAUGAGUUUAUAUACAUGUAUAUGUAAUUUAUUUCGCACGUUUCGAUACGUAAAAUCGCAGGACGGAAUUCCGCUACGAGAAUUGUCGAUCCUCGGUAGAACGAACGUCGUGGACGCGAGCGAUUUUUAAACUAUUUCAAAGUGACUUCUGUCAGAUAUGCCAGACGGCGUUUAGUUUUAUCAAGUCAAGUGCACGUGCGCCGCCGUUCGUCGAGGUUUACAUCGACUGAGCAUGUUUUUGUGUAUACGUCUAUUGUAAUAUGUUUUACCCGUCGAAGAAAUGGUCCUAGUAGAAGUCGCGAGGAUUAGCCGUGUAAAUUGCGCAAUAUAGAUAUGCUGUAUCAUAAUUUUAAAUAAAAUUGUUACACACGGGGCGUGUCCUCUUCGAAGAGAAGAUAGUUUGAGAUAUCGAAGUCGCGCAGUAUUACAGACGAAUAAAAAGUUUACGAAAACCA